AUGAAGGAUUGUAAUCCUGUAAAUACUCCAUCUGAGUUUGGUAUGAAACUAAACAAAGAUAAUGGAGGAAAGAAGGUUGAUGACACUCUUUACAAACAAAUAGUGGGGAGUUUAAUGUAUUUGACGACAACAAGACCUGAUAUAAUGCAUGCUGUAAGUGUGAUUAGCAGAUACAUGGAAUGUCCUAUAGAGAUUCAUCUCUUGGCUACAAAAAGAAUUUUUCGGUACUUGCAAGGUACUAAGGAGUUUGGGUUGUUCUACAAUAAUGGAGAAAAGUCAGAUUUGUUUGGCUUUACCGAUAGUGAUUAUGCAGGAGAUCUAGAUGAUCGAAAAAGCACAUUUGAGUACGUUUUCAUGAUGGGGAUUGGAGCUAUUUCAUGGUCAUCAAAGAAGCAACCUAUUGUCACAUUAUCAUUCACUGAAGCUGAAUUUGUUGUUGCAACGGCUUGUGCUUGUCAAGCUAUUUGGUUAAAGAAAAUCCUUAAAGAGUUGCAUUUCAAGGAGGAUGGACCUACUUAG